UCCCAUCAGAGUCUAUUUUCUUGUUUUAAAAAUUGUUUCAAAGUUUUCGUUUUUGUUUUUGUUUCAAGAAGGAUGAGCACACCAAGACGCAGCCGCAAGUUUUAUCCGCGCUGCCACUCCACACCCAAUCCAGAGCGCAGUUUGGGCCGCGACAGACUGCCCAUCAGCGCCUUUGGAUGGUACCGCGUGCUCGUCUUCUCCAGAGACCACAGGGAGACAAUCAGUGGGGUUUUCCAUAGACUGCGUCGCCUGACACAUUCCUUGACUGCUCGAUACACGCACUUGGGUGGGGAGACGGAUGCAAUGGAGGACGCCGGCGCCUUCCUCACAUUCUACGUGAACGACGCCACCGAAGCCAGGGAGCUGCAUGGCCUGAGCAGUUGGCAGUUGGGUCAUCUCAAGGUCAGGGUCAACGGCAGGAUGCCCUGGAUGCGGCUGACUCCCUGGUAUUCGCAGAGCAUUCGAAACGCAGUGCUCUCGCGACACGAUCCCAUCCGGCAGAGCUUGGACCUGACACUCUUCCACUUGGACCCUGAGUGGAGAAAUGAUUUCUGUGCUCUGGCUCAGCCCAGCUGCCUGAGAGCCGUGAUCGCCAUCGUGGCGGAGGAAAUGCCGCAUCUGGUGCGCCUGCGGCUGGACAAGAACUAUUUGAGGAAUCUGCGGCCGUUCUUCGGCGUGGAGCGUCGCCUGCCUCGACUGCAGUGCCUCUCCUUGGCGAACAACGAACUGGACGACUGUCUCUCGGAGCUGCAGGUCUUCCGGUUUCUUCCACUCAUCGAGCUGAAUCUCAGCGGCAAUCGUCUGCCGCCCAGCCAUGAGAGGAGUGUCCGCAACGAAUGGCCCCGUCUGCGAAUUCUCAACAAUAUCGAGCUGUACCCAAGGCCACACCAGCGGAUCUCUUCCUCACUGCACAACAGCCGCGGCUAUCUUGUGACCAGGUUGUGCCAGGAGACGGGCAUGAACGCCCAUUGGAGCCGUGGGGCCCUCGAAGUCAACGACUGGAACUACUCAAGGACUUUGCGGGCAUUCUGGACAUUUCACAGAAACGGUCAAAUACCCCAGAAGGCGUUUGACUCUGCCUAA